AUGCGGUCUCAAUUUUCGAAGCAGCUGUCUUCGGCGGGAGCAGAGGAGAUUGGCGAAUUAUCAAGGAAGGAGCUUGACGAUGCCAACCUCGCGCGCAUGGGCAAACGCCCCGUCUUAAAGCGCAAUUUUGGUUUGAUGUCAAUGCUGGGUUUCAGUUGUACGAUUCUGAUUACCUGGGAGGGAAUUGUCGUGCUAUUCUUGCAAGCAUACCAAAACUACCUUUGUGAUUCUAUCCGAGUUGUCAUCGAUGGCACCAACAUCUGGAGGACAGUACCACUGGACAUCCAUGCUAGCACCGCGAUCGUGCAUGAAAGUCAUGAGCUACCUAACAGGCGAGUAGAAGAUCCCUUGAGCUAUGCAAAAGUAAAGCUAACACAAUUCAAAGGUUGGCUUACUGUUAUUGGGUGGCAAGCCACGUUUGCAACCUCAUGUUAUUUGGUCGGCAGCUUGGUUCAAGGCUUGGUCGUGCUCACCCACAGUACAUAUGAGCCCCAAAGAUGGCACGCAACCCUUAUGUUCUGGGCGGUUGUGCUAUUGUCCGUCGCCAUCAACAGUCUUGGCGGCCAAGUUCUUCCUCGAUUUGAGGGCAUGAUCUUGAUUCUCCACAUCCUGGGCUUCUUCGCGAUUCUCAUUCCCUUGACUUACAUGGCCGACCAUGGAACCUCCAAGGAGGUCUUUACCCAGUUCCUCAACAUGGGAGAAUUCCCAUCCCAAGGACUGUCGUUCUUUGUCGGAAUGGUCGGCUGCAUCUUUUCGUUUGCCGGUGGUGAUGCCGCGGUUCAUAUGUCUGAAGAAAUUACAAAUGCCGCCAUUGCAGUCCCAACCUCCAUCAUGUUGAGUGUCAUGAUCAACGGAUCCUUGGGUUUCGGCAUGUUGAUCGCCAUGCUGUUCUGCAGUGGGGAUCUUGGAUCAGCCCUGGAAACACCCACUGGAUACCCCUUCCUUGCAAUCUUUUUGGAGGCAACAGGAUCCAUCGCCGGAACCGCGGUGAUGGGGUCGAUCGUUACUACUAUGGGCGCCACAACAUCAGUCGGUAUGUUGGCGUCCACCUCGCGCCAGUUCUGGUCCUUCGCGAGAGACCGUGGCAUUCCCGGCUGGCGACUAUGGAGCCAGGUCACCGAGAAGUCUGCCGUCCCCAUAUACUCUGUUUUGAUUACAUCCGUGAUCGCCUGCCUCCUCGCACUCAUCAACAUUGGCUCCACUGUCGCCUUUAAUGAUCUCUGCUCCAUGUCAAUCUCGGGUCUCUACCUGUCAUACAUGGUGGUUGGCAGCCUUCUCCUUUGGCGCCGUUGCACAGGCGGGAUUAGCUCUGUUCGCAGCAGCGAUUCCGCUAUCAUCAACACCGCCGGCGCAAAGCUCGUCUGGGGCCCAUUCCAUGUGCCGGGCAUCUGGGGUAUUCUUAUCAACGCCUGGGCUUUGAUUUAUAUGACUAUCGCUGUCUUCUUUAGCUUCUGGCCCCCAGCUUGGGCGGUGACCGUUCAAACUAUGAACUUUAGUGUCGUUGGGACUGUGGGGACCAUCAUGCUCAGUCUUUUCUACUACUAUGCCCGUGCGAGCAAGGUCUAUAGUGGGCCGAUUAUGGAGCAUAAUCUUUAA